AUGAAUAUACGACCAAAGCUUGAAAAAUUGCAAAAAUCUCGUAAAAGACGCUUACCAAUUAAUGACACUUCAGUGUUAAGUGAACUGCAACAGCAUGAAGCAAAUCCGGAAAAUGAAGAGAAUUCCGAAACAAAUCUCAUUAAAUUUGAACAAGGAAGUACGCAGAUGGGAGCUGUUAGUCUGUGGUAUAGAGGAUAUCGAUAUGUCAAGAACAGAAAUAUUUGGUGGAAGUGUUCAAAUAAGGACUGUCAAGCAUACGCAAAAGCAGAGGAGAAAGAUGGUCAAUUUUCAGGUACUUUAGGAAGAAAUGAACAUAAUCAUCCUCCUGCAAUACAAAAAAAAAGUUGUGAAGAGAUUAGAAAUAAAUUGAAAAAAGAUAAUCGACCAAUUUUGGGAGAAGUGCGAGCAAAUAUUCCGGAUGAAGUUUAUAUAGCUUUGGGUUCAUUAUUUUUACUAGUUCAUUAUUUAUUUAUUAAUAUUUUACUUUUUUAG